GCUGUUUAGAAAAUAAUGUGUAGAUGUUGUAUAUCCCUAGUGGUCCACCAGUGUAUUGCUCUGUGGAAUCCUCACCUCUCUCCCCCUCUCUCUCCCUCCAGUGGCUGGUUCAAUGUGCUGAGUCGUGUCCAUAGUGCCAGUCCAGACCAGCUGAUGGAGAUACAUCAUGAGCAGGCCAACCCCAAGAACGCUGUGGGAACUGUGGAUGUUGGACUGAUCGACUCGGUGUGCGCGUCAGACAACCCUGACAGACCCAACUCGUUUGUCAUCAUCACCGCUAAUCGUGUGAUCCACUGCAACACUGAGAUGCCCGAAGAGAUGCACCACUGGAUCGGCCUGCUGCAGAAACCCAAAGGAGACGCCAGGAUAGACGGACAGGACUUCCUCGUCAGAGGUUGGCUUCACAAGGAGGUGAGGGCUAAGAGCACUAGUCUGAAGCUGAAAAAGAGGUGGUUUGUCUUAACCUCUAACUCUCUGGAUUACUACAAGUCUUCAGAGCGCAGUGUGUCCAAGCUGGGGACCCUGGUCCUCAACAGUCUCUGCUCUGUGGUCCAGCCCGACGAGAAGGUCUUCAAGGACACAGGUUACUGGAGCAUCGUCGUCCACGGCCGUAAACACUCGUACCACCUCUACACCAAACUACUGAACGAGGCUAUGCGCUGGGCGUCGGCCAUACAGGGGGCUGUCGACAGCAAGGCUCCCAUAGAGACACCCACGCAGCAACUCAUCAGGGACAUCAAGGAGAGCAGUCUGAACGUGGAGGCCGUGGAUCAGACGUACUGGAGGAACCCUAUCCUCAGAUAUACCCAGCACCCCCUCCACGCCCCCCUGCUGCCUCUGCCUUACGGGGAGGUCAACAUCCACCUCCAUGAAGGAGAAGAGCUAUUGCCCAGCCUGCAGACAGGCAGUGAAAGGAUCUUCAAACUCUUCUGCAGGAGAUGGGGCAGUGUCAGAUCCGGUCCCGAUCAUCCAAGGGCAUCCUCCAGGACCGCCACGACCUGCCGUCUGGCUCCGAGACGAGAUCUACUUUCCACCCUUAAAAAGUACUUUAUUUACCUCAAGUUCCACCUUAAAAGGGUGAAGGAGCAGUUUCCUGGAACAGAGGUGGACAUGUUUGCCCAUUUCAUUGGUGAGUCUUUGAAGAGGACCAAGGUCAGGGACUAUGUUCCGUCUCAGGAGGAGAUCGUAGCCCUACUGACCAGGCAGGAAAUGACUACUACAGUCUACUGCCACGGAGGAGGAUCCUGCAAGAUCUCCAUCAACUCCCACACCACCGCUGGAGAGGUGGUGGUGAGGUUUAGUCAGAUGUUAAUGUCCCUCUGUCCUGCUGUUCCAGGUGGUGGUGGAGAGUUGAUCCGAGGCCUGGCCAUGGAGGACA